AUGGAAGCAGUGAGUAAAAGCCAACUACCCCAGGGUGGUACCGGCGACGCCGGAGAAUCCACCCCUAGGCAUAGCCUGGGCAGCCCCAUCGUAUCUGGGGGGGGGGGGGGGGGGGGGGGGGGGCAACACACUGCCUUGCGGCGACGUAACUGCGUCGUCGGUGGGUCCUGUAACAUCCGGGGACCAACAACGGGAACAGAAGAAGAGAUGAUGGAAACUGAGAUGGAGACAGAAGAAGAUUUCCUCCACCCUUCAGUUCCCCCAUCAAAAACAAGGGCAAAGAAAAAGUUGCCUAACCCGGAUGAGUUAUUACUGGAUCUGCAGUCUCAACCGAGUGGCAACAUUGAGGAACACAUAGAUCUUCAACUCCAGACCAUUGAAAAAGUAGCGGACCACUCGCGGAAUCUAAAAGGAAACUUCGUCCGUGGCUUAAGGCUAGCAGUGCGUAACGUUAAAGCCGCGGCCGUUGAACUCGCGCGGAGGUCAAUCACUGACGCUAAUGUAAUAAGGCUGGAAAAGGAGAAUGCAGAGUUGCGUUCUCAACUAUCCAGUCUUGCCUCGAAGUUGGAAAAACUCACAGAGGAGAUUAACCUUCUUCGUAGGCAAAACAGUGUUAGUGGCGAGACAAGUGCGUCACUUACACAGAAAUCACCUAAUGAUACCAUGAAAAUGGGUGAAGAGAAGGGACUUUUGGAACGUAUAGGGGUACUAAUAGAAAGCAAAAUAGCUGAUUUUGAGGCAAAGUUGUUUCCUGAUAGGGCGCUUCGACCCACGUUGGGAGCAAGGCCAAAGAUUACAUCUUUGGCUAACGAAUGUUCAGACAUAGAUCCUAGAGAACUACAGCCGCAACCACCAUCGUUGACGCAGUCUCAGAAGAGAAAUAAAAAGAAAAAGGCGAAGAAAAAGAAGUCUUCACCACCACCAGUGACAGAUUUGCCUCCGAAAGCUGCACCAUAUGUGCACUCAGAGGUAGAGACAGCGUCAAGAUCGUGGGUAGAUGUGGUCAAAAGAACAAAAAAUCAGCCGGUUACCAAUAUCUUGAAUAAAAAGCCUAAAGGCCCAAGGAAACCUCGCGCUCCUUCAUCUGCAGCUGUGACAGUGACAAUUCUAGAAGGCCCCUCCGUUACAUACGGAAAGUUAAUGGCGGAAGCAAAAUCAAAAAUUGCGUUGCUAAAGCUAGGCAUA